AUGCAGGGGCCCCCCUCCAGCAAGCGGCUCAGGGGCGCCCCAUACUCCCCACCCUCAUCACCAAAACGCCAUUGCGGCAAGGAGGGCCCCCAACCAGGCACAUCAGACCACUAUGGGGGCCCCGGAGGCCUUCGUGAACGGCCGCCCAGCCCCUCUGGGGGCCCUCCCGUGCCUUGGGGCUCGCGACAGCCGGGGUAUAUAGAGGAUGCAGAGGGGCCCUUGUCUCCUCCUCGUACUAUACAGAGGAAGACAGCAGAGACAGCAGCACCUCCUUUAUUCUCUAAGGUUUUGCAUAGGCAAUUAUCAUCAGGGGAGUAUUUGCUGCAGCUGCUGCAGCACGUGCUGCGGCAGCGCUUACGAGCAGCAUUAAGGGGGCACCUGCAUACUAUAUCCUUGGGGGCCCCCAAGGAGCCCCCUAAGAAGCAAACCGGGUUUACUCCAUCUCCUGUUGUUGAGGCUAUGCUACGGGGAGAAGGAGAUGGUGCUGCUUCCCUCCGCGCCCGCACCAGCAGCAGCAGCAGCUGCAGCGAGGCCUCUGUAGAGUCUGUUGCAGGGGCCCUAGCAGCAAAGUUAAUGUGCUGCCUGCAGCUAAAGGAGAAGAGUAGUGUCUUGGUGAUGGGGCCCCGUGGAUCGGGUGCAACAACAGCAGUAGAGUGUGCCUUACGUUACGUGCAGCAGCAAGUGGAGCAGCAGCAGCAGCAGCAGCAGCAGCAGCAGAAGCAGCUGCGUAGACUACUAGUUGUACGCGUUAACUGCUCAUUGUAUGGGAGCGACACAGCAAUACUGCAGGGUAUAGUGCGUCGUCUAUGUGCGAGCCUGGGGCAGCAGCAGCUGCUGCAGCAACAGCAGCAGCAGCAGCAGCAAGGCAGCACCUUUGAUGAUUGGGCAAGAAGGCUACGGUGUCUGCUGCAGGACAGCUGCGAGACAUUAGGGUUAGCAGUGGUGGUAGUACUAGACAGGGCAGAGAUUUGCUGCCUAUCUUCUCGUGACCGCAGCAGCAGCAGCAGCAGCGGUAGCAGCACACUGCAGCAGCAGCAGCUGCUGCUAUAUAACUUAUUCGAUCUGCAGCACGGAGAAGGACUACAUAUUUUUACACUUUGUUUGUCUCCUGUGUCUGAUCUAACAGACUUUAUGGAGAAAAGAAUAAGAAGUAGAUUUACUAUGCAAAAGUUGCUGCUGUCUGCUGCUGCUGCUGCUGCUGCACCGCAGCAGCUACUCGAUUUUAUACGUAAUAAGCUAUUAUAUGUUGAACCUCAAGAGUUGCUGCAGGUUGCUGCUGCUGCUGCUAAUGCUGCUGGUGCUGCUGCUGCUUCCUCAACCACACACAAGAAACACACUGCAGCAGAUGCAGCAGCAGCAGAUGCAGCAGCAGCAGCAGCAGCAAGACAGGACCUGGAAGCAGCAACACAAUUUUGUCGAGCAUAUAAUGCAGCAAUAGAAAAAGAAUUAUCCAAUCCAUACUUCAUUGCUGCCUGCAAGAGGGCAUUAGCUUUAGGUAGAAAUGCGCGCUCCUUUUUGGUUGCUGCUGUUAAGCCUUUGCUGCAGCUGUCGCCACCGAUGCCGCAGCUAGAAGCAGCAGCAGCAGCAGCAGCAGCAUGGGGGGCCCCACAGGUACCUGAGGCCCUUUCUCCUAUUCAUUUAUCUCUGCGGCAUGGAGAGCAGCAGCGCAGCCCAUGGAGAGGAGAAGCUGCUGCUGCUGCUGCUGCUGUUGUUACUACAGAGGAUCAGCAGCAGCUGCAGCAACAGAUGUUGCUGCAGGAGCUGCUGCUGCAGCAACAGGAAGAACAGCCUCUCAAUCUGUGUGCUGAUGCUAUCGACCCCCACCGUGUAAGCUACACAGCAGCAGCAGCAGCAGCAGCAAGACAGCAGCAGCAGCAGCAAUAG